AUGUCUAUUGAUAAAAAAGAACCUAACCGGGAGGGUUCGGAGGACUCCAUGGAGCUCAACUCCCCAACACCCGAAGCCGAGACUGGAGCCCCCCAGGAGAAUACUGCUCAGCAAAAGAGGAAGGGUGGUAGAAAGCCUAUCUAUGCUACUUCCGAGGAACGCAAGCAACGGAACCGCCAGGCCCAGGCUGCCUUUAGGGAGCGUCGGACUGAGUACAUUAAGCAACUUGAGGAAACAAUCCGAGUGCACGAGACGAAUCUGCAUAACCUGCAGACUGCUCACCGGAGUGCUGCAGACGAAUGCCUUAUGUUGAGAUAUAAGAACUCUCUUCUGGAAAGAAUACUACUAGAAAAAGGUAUCGACGUACAGGCAGAAUUACGAGCCAAGACUGGGAGCCCUCACCUUGGUCCUACGCACAUGCCACAAAAUAUGGCGCAGGCACCAACUGUCCAACGAGCCAUCAUGAACAGACACCAUCAGGCAAGACGAUCAAACUCGAGCAUCGCCCCCAAGUUGGAGCCCGGUGCGCCUCUCCAGUCUCCACAAUCUCGGCCCACCCCAUCCUCGCACGCUUCAUCGCCUACUUCGAACUCACCUAGCUUCGGCCAUCAAGGGGUGAUGACCCCUCCAGCUUCGGAGACGCAGAUGCAAUUCCAGCAACAGCAACAACAACGGCUUCAGGCCGCGAAAGCACAAGGGCAACAUGGACUACUAGGAACGCCUGGACUGAUGACUGCCGCUGGAGGAUUAGGCGCCGCCUUAGGACCAAAGGGACCAGGAACCAGUGGGACUGGUGGGACGGGAGGCACUCCAGUAUCUGCCGCGUACUAUCCAAGUCCCUCUGGAGGGUUUCAAAACCAUUAUGAGCAACUCGGCAAGCUUUCCCCUCCCUUCCCCUCUCUUUUCUUUAUAUGGAACUAUAUUGAUUCCGUGAGUACAGAACAGGAGUACGACGCCCAAACCGAUAUGGUCGAUGACCAAGACCCCGCCGAAGCCGGGCCUGGCCCGUACCCCGAACCGAUUCCACCGCCCCAACAUCAACUUGGCCAGCAGCAAAUGGGCCACCAGGGGCCUCAAGGUCUUCAAAUGGGCGACAACCCUCAGGGAUACAACUCGAUGACACAGCUCCUGGAUCCAUACGACCCGACCAUGCUCGAUAUGGACCCCUUCGGACUUUCGGCAUCGAUGCAAUUUCCCUCUUCCUUUUCCUUUGAUACGAGCUCAAUGAGAUGA